AUGUUGCAGACCCAACACCUUCUCUGUUCCCAUUUCCCUAUCUGUCUCUCUCCUCCCCAAACCCACUUUCUCUUUCCCCCAAAUCUCUCAUCUUCUCCUCUCAAUUUUCUCUACAAACCCACAAGUCUCUGCUCUGUCUCUGCCCAUUCUAGGCCCAGACCCGAACAAUGGCUAGCCGAAGCUCCAGAAACCACAACCAGUAUUCCUACAGCUCCAUACACUCCCUUAGAAUUCGCCCCAGAGGGUCCCGAAGAAUUGCCACCAUCUUCCUCUCCAGUAUUUGCUACCACAGAUGACCCUUCUUCUAUCCAAGUAGCUACCAGUGUUCUUCUCACUGGAGCCAUUUGUGUCUUCCUGUUUCGCUCUCUUCGACGUCGUGCAAGGCGUGCUAAAGAGCUGAAAUUUAGGUCUUCUGGAGUGAAGAAGUCGUUGAAGGAGGAGGCUUUGGAUAGCUUGAAGGCGUUGUCUACUGGUUCUGUUGAAGAAAAGGGUCCACCUUCACCUGUUCAGGCAUUGUUGGGUGGAAUAUCAGCCGGUGUCAUCGCACUUAUUCUUUAUAAGUUCACUACUACAAUUGAAGCAUCUCUCAACCGCCAAACAAUUUCUGAUAAUUUUUCGGUUCGUCAGGUUACAAUAACCAUAAGGACGAUUAUAAAUGGGUUGUGCUACCUUGCAACAUUUGUUUUUGGCAUCAAUGCUGUUGGUUUAGUCCUUUAUGCUGGUCAGCUCGCCAUCAACUCCAUCAUGGAAGAUACAAGUACAGAAACUGAGAAUCAAGGUAAAGAGCAGUCAGGCUCACUGAAUUCAACGGUUGAGAGCCCCCCAAAUAGUGGUGUGAACAGCGGCAAGGAUGACCAAAGUUCAGAUGAGACACAAUAG